AUGAGCCGAAGCCCGGAGCGUAUGUCCUCCUACAGGAGACACUUUGAGGGGGCGCUGGCCUCCUCAUCCUCCACCUGUCAAAUCCGAGUCUCCAGCCCAUCACCCCGCCGCCGUGAGACCCGCCACCGCUCCGCCAGCUACAGCCGCACCUCGCGCAGGGCUCUGUCCGGCACGCGCAGCUCGCGCCUCACUGGCAGUGUGAGUAUGGGUGCACUGUGUGUUGGAAUGGGUAUUAAAGGACUGGACCUGGAAGCUGCUGCUGCUGCCAACCAAGCCUUCCUUAACACACGCACCGGUGAGAGGCAGGAGAUGAUUAUCCUCAAUGACCGUCUGGCUGUAUACAUUGAGAAGGUGCGUUCUCUAGAGCAGCAAAAUAAAGUUCUGGAGACUGAGAUUGAAGCCCUGAAAUCCCGCUAUGUGAAGCCUUCAGGUUUGCGCAUGAUGUAUGAGGAACAACUGAGAGAGCUUAGGAGAGUUGCUGAUCAGAUGCAGGCCCAGAGGGACAUGUCUAUUGCUGCUAAGGAGGCCAUGGCAGCACAGCUGGAGAUGAUAAAGACCAAGUACGAAGAGGCACUGGAGGCCAGAAAAAAAGCUGAGCUGGACAUUGAGGCCUUUAAGCCGGAUGUCGAUGCUGCCACUGCUGCUCGCAUUGCCCUGGAGAAACAACUAGAGAACCUGGAGGUAGAGAUGGAGUUCCUACAGAGGAUUCACAAACAGGAAAUUGAGGAGUUGAUGGCUCAGAUUUAUCAAACAGUGGCUAAGGUUGAUGUGGCCUUUUCUCUGCCUGACCUAUCCUCUGCCCUCAAAGACAUCCAGACCCAGUACGACACCAUCGCAGCACGGAACUUGCAGGAAAUGGAUGCAUGGUACAAGACAAAAUUCCAGGACUUGAACUCAGCAUCAACCCGGCAUGUGGAAUCUGUGAGGGGGAUUAGAGAAGAAGUCGUGGGCUACAAGAAAGAUAUUCAGAAUAAGCAGCGGGAGCUGGAUGCUCUUAACACCAGGUAUGAGACUUUGCUUGCCCAGAUACGUGACAACCAGGAAAAAUAUAGAAAGGUGGAGCAGGAUUUACAGGAUCGCAUAGAGGCACUGAAGCUGGAUAUGAAGACAGUAAAAGAGAAGAUAGCUCUGCUACUGAAAGAAUAUCAGGACCUUCUUAAUGUGAAAAUGGCUCUUGAGCUUGAAAUCACCACCUAUAGAAAACUAAUAGAAGGAGAGGACACCCGGCUUUCGACCAUGGUUCAAGGCCUUUCUCUGAUGAGCAUCACCGCUUCUGGAAGUGUCAGUGCUUUAGGCCUUGUCAGCACUGUAGGGGCCAGAGUGAGUGGAGCCUUGGCUGGGGUGGCUGGUGGUGCACCUCUGAACGCAGCAAAUAUGUCUUUACCUUCUAAUGGCCAACCGGGAACCACAGAGGAGUUCACCGAGGAGCAAGCCGUGGAGAUGACAGAGAGGAAGACUGUCCUCAUCAGAACAGUUAAGACAGAUGAGGAUGUCAUUCAAAGGGACACACAGGAACGCACCAUCACCAUCUCUGGAGCAGCAGAUGAGACCGAGAAGUAA